AUGUUUAAAAUGAAAUAAAAGAAUUUCAUCUACAUUAGAGCUGAAUAUUUGACCACUGAAAUUAUAGAAGGUUGCCAAAUACUGAAAUAUCAUAAGGUGGAUUAAAUCAAUCAAGGAUAUAUUCUUAGAAAUAGAAAGGAACUGACAAAUCUAAUGGUCGAAUUACUAAUUGCUGACUGA